UCAAAUUUUGAAAAGCUUUGUUUUUAUGCCCUCUUGGCAUCCAUUAUUCUGACAGUCGGUGAUGUUGACGCUUUUUGCUACCCAUUUCCCCUUUCAUUCAAAUGCCGCAAUACACGCUUUGGAAGAACAAGUCUCUCUGACUCUUUUGUCUUUUCUGUUCCAUUGAGAGAAUUAUACAGCUUACUCGUCGUAUAAUAAUUGUAGGACAUGUUCAACAAAAAGGAUGAGCUUGAUCCGUUCCUCGAUUGCCACCUAGACAUAGUUUACGUUUUGCCUCCCAGCGUAUUUGUCGAUCCGUAUCAAUUACGCGAUCUCGUUUCCACAAUAGGAACCGCCACCGUUAUCGGCGAACAUGACCUAGAAUUGCCUCUCGAAAAAAUCAAAGACGAAAGAGGAAGCAUUGUGUUUUUACGGCAACAUCAUGUCAAGCCAGCUAUACAUUUAGAAUUACCACUUCAUCUCAGAUACCAACAACCUUCGAAUAACAAAGAAAGUCAAUCGAUUACAAUACAAGCACCUUAUGCAGGCUGGACCUGCGGUGGUGAUAGCAAUGAAAGUAGUUACCCCACACCCCUUCGAGAAAAGUAUUCACUUUUAGCCGAUCUGCCUUUGACAGCAGCGACAACAACAGCUCGUUUUACAGCGCUGACAAAUAGCGUGUCUUCAACACCGCCACUUGAAUUAUAUGUACCUGUGGGCAGAGGAAAGGAUCGUUCUCUUGUGUUUAUCGGUACAUUCUUGAUUGUUGUUUUGUGCACUCUAUGGAUCAUACGAUCGGUCGUUGCCUCAUUACGAAAAAGAAAAAGGCUCGACGCAAAAGGAAAGAGACGACGAUCAGAAUAGGCUUAAUGAAUAAGACGUUGCUAAAGCAUCAAUAAACUGCAUUGUUAAGGGGUGGAUAACAGUUAUUGGGCAUAAAGUGCUUUUUGAGGAGCUUUUCUUGUUGUCUUUUCAAGGAAAUAGACAACAGUUUAUUACAUGAGUUCCAUGAGACGAGUUUGCCAAAAGAAUAGAGUGCGUAUUUUUUUUUUCAAAGAAUUGGGAAUGAGUGAUGUGAUUGAAAAACACUAUCUUUUAAGGAUUCCUGUUGCAUAAUGCUCUUUCAGUA